AUUCUUGGCUUCAUGCUCUCUCCAAACAGGCUCAAGAUAGGUAUUACAGAUGGAUAUAUAUCCAAGAAAAAAUUAUGCCCCUCCUUUUGUUUCUCCAUCCACAGAGCCCCUGUGCUACAGUGGAGCAGCUUAGCUGCUGCAGCUGAUACUGAUAGAACAUUGCACUAACAUGAGCAUGUUUUGUAUUGUUGUACAGUCCACAGAUGGGAGAAAGGAAUGGGAUCUAGAUUCUGAGCAUCUGCUGUGUUCUCUGUGUAAAACUUACACUUUGAUGGUGGGGUCUCAUUCCAUAUUCCUUCAGUAGAAAUUUAUUGACCUGUUUAUCAUGUGCCCAGUUCUAUAGCAGAUGCCAGGAGAGUAGUAAUCAUAAAAGGUGCAGUCCCAGUCUUUUUGGAGCUUAUGAUCUAACAGUUUAGGGAACUGCUGGUUAAUUGAGAUAGUCCAUUGUCAGAGUGUUUACAGGGAUCAUGGUCCAGUGUGAGGAAUAACACUCCUCACCAGCAGUGUGCUUCCAAAGAAACUAGAGUUCUUAACUGUAAAAAUGAUGAUAAAAAGCAGCAUUUAUGCCUGGCAGAGAACUUCCUUUGCCUUCUUACCCCUAUUCUUUUACAGAGAACAUUCUUUUACCUCUGAUGAGGUAGCCAGACUCUGCCCAGGGAAGUUACCUCCGACCUGGGACACUUUGAGUGGGACACUUUAUCAUCUCUCUGGACUUCAGUAAAGUGAGAGAUGAUCCCUCAAUUUGGGACACUGUGUCCGAAGAAACGAGUGGCUUAGUAGAGCUGAGAUUCUUGGCCCCCAGUCAUCAUGAGCAAUCCAUUCACACACAUUGCUGAGCCACUGGAUCCUGUACAACCAGGAAAGAAAUUCUUCAAUCUGAAAAAAUUAGAAGAUUCUCGAUAUGAACGCUUACCAUUUUCAAUCAGAGUUCUCCUGGAGGCAGCUGUUCGGAACUGUGAUGAGUUUUUGGUAAAGAAGACUGAUGUUGAAAAUAUCCUAAACUGGAAUGUUAUGCAGCAUAAGAACAUAGAAGUGCCAUUCAAGCCUGCCCGUGUCAUCCUGCAGGACUUUACGGGUGUGCCAGCUGUGGUGGACUUCGCUGCAAUGCGUGAUGCUGUGAAAAAGUUAGGAGGAGAUCCAGAAAAAAUAAACCCAGUCUGUCCUGCUGAUCUUGUAAUUGAUCAUUCCAUCCAGGUUGAUUUCAACAGAAGGGCAGACAGUUUACAGAAGAAUCAAGAUCUGGAAUUUGAAAGAAAUAGAGAAAGAUUUGAAUUUUUAAAGUGGGGUUCCCAGGCUUUCCACAACAUGCGGAUUAUUCCCCCUGGCUCAGGAAUCAUCCACCAGGUGAAUUUGGAAUAUUUGGCAAGAGUGGUGUUUGAUCGGGAUGGAUAUUACUAUCCAGACAGCCUUGUGGGCACGGAUUCGCACACUACCAUGAUUGAUGGUUUGGGUAUUCUUGGUUGGGGUGUGGGGGGUAUUGAAGCAGAAGCUGUCAUGCUGGGUCAGCCAAUCAGCAUGGUGCUUCCCCAGGUGGUUGGCUACAAACUGAUGGGAAAGCCCCACCCUCUGGUAACGUCCACAGACAUCGUGCUCACCAUUACCAAGCACCUCCGCCAGGUUGGGGUAGUAGGCAAAUUUGUUGAGUUCUUCGGGCCAGGAGUAGCCCAGUUAUCCAUUGCCGACCGAGCUACAAUUGCUAACAUGUGUCCCGAGUACGGAGCAACUGCUGCCUUCUUCCCAGUUGAUGAAGUUAGUAUCAGGUACCUGGAACAGACAGGUCGUGAUGAAAAAACAGUAAAGCACAUUAAAAAAUAUCUCCAGACUGUCGGAAUGUUUCGAGAUUUCAAUGACCCUUCUCAAGACCCAGACUUCGCCCAGGUUGUGGAAUUAGAUUUAAAAACAGUGGUGCCUUGUUGCAGUGGACCCAAGAGGCCUCAGGACAAAGUUGCUGUGUCUGACAUGAAAAAGGACUUUGAGAGCUGCCUCGGAGCCAAGCAAGGAUUUAAAGGAUUCCAAGUUGCUCCAGACCAUCAUAAUGACCAUAAGACUUUUAUCUAUAAUAAGAGUGAAUUCAUCCUUACUCAUGGUUCUGUGGUCAUUGCUGCCAUUACGAGCUGCACAAAUACCAGCAACCCAUCUGUGAUGUUAGGAGCAGGACUGUUAGCAAAGAAGGCUGUGGAUGCUGGCCUGAAUGUGAAGCCUUAUAUCAAAACUAGCCUGUCUCCUGGGAGUGGUGUGGUCACCUACUAUCUUCGAGAAAGUGGAGUCAUGCCUUAUCUGUCUCAACUUGGGUUUGACGUGGUGGGCUAUGGCUGCAUGACCUGCAUUGGCAACAGUGGGCCCUUACCUGAACCUGUAGUAGAAGCCAUCACACAGGGAGACCUUGUAGCUGUUGGAGUACUAUCUGGGAACAGGAAUUUUGAAGGUCGAGUCCACCCCAACACCCGGGCCAACUAUUUAGCCUCUCCCCCCUUAGUAAUAGCCUAUGCAAUUGCUGGGACCAUCAGAAUUGACUUUGAGAAAGAGCCAUUGGGAGUAAAUGCAAAGGGACAACAGGUAUUUCUGAAAGACAUCUGGCCAAGCAGAGAUGAGAUCCAGGCGGUGGAGCGUCAGUAUGUCAUCCCUGGGAUGUUUAAGGAGGUCUAUCAGAAAAUAGAGACUGUGAAUGAAAGCUGGAAUGCCUUAGCAGUCCCGUCAGAUAAGCUGUAUUUCUGGAAUCCCAAAUCUACCUACAUUAAAUCACCACCAUUCUUUGAAAACCUGACUUUGGAUCUUCAGCCACCUAAAUCUAUAGUGGAUGCCUAUGUGCUAUUAAAUUUGGGAGACUCAGUAACAACUGACCACAUCUCUCCAGCUGGAAAUAUUGCAAGAAAUAGCCCUGCUGCUCGCUACUUAACUAACAGAGGCCUGACUCCACGAGAAUUCAACUCCUAUGGCUCCCGCAGAGGUAAUGACGCCAUCAUGGUACGGGGGACAUUUGCCAACAUUCGCUUGUUAAACAAAUUUUUAAACAAGCAGGCACCACAGACUAUACAUCUACCUUCUGGAGAAGUUCUUGAUGUGUUCGAUGCUGCUGAGCGGUACCAGGAGGCAGGCCUUCCCCUGAUUGUCCUGGCUGGCAAGGAGUAUGGCUCGGGCAGCUCCCGAGAUUGGGCAGCCAAGGGCCCUUUCCUGCUGGGAAUCAAAGCUAUCCUAGCGGAGAGUUAUGAGCGCAUUCAUCGCAGUAACCUGGUCGGGAUGGGGGUGAUCCCCCUUGAAUAUCUGCCUGGUGAGAAUGCAGACACUCUGGGACUCACAGGGCGGGAGCGAUACACUGUCAUCAUUCCAGAAAACCUCACACCACGAAUGAAAGUCCAGGUCAAGCUGGAUACUGGGAAGACCUUCCAGGCUGUGAUGAGGUUCGACACUGAUGUGGAACUCACUUACUUCCACAAUGGAGGCAUCCUCAACUACAUGAUCCGCAAGAUGGCCAAGUAGACCCUUGUUGCUUAUGAGACCUGCGCUUGGCGCUGCACCCAGGAAGAAGCCAUACCGUCAGCCAGCCGAGGCCUUGGUGGGGAAGCCUUCCCAAGUGGUCCACAGAGGGGUGCUACCCACAGACGGAGCGAGUGAGCACAGGGGUUUGGGUGCUAUUCCUGCAGGCACAAAGCCAGGAGUUUCUACGUUCUCUAUUUUUGUUAAUCUUCUUAAUCUUUUUCUAGAAUUUGAAAGCUAGAAAUGAUGGAAAUGUCAGUAGUGCCAGAAAGAGAACCAAGCUUGUCCUUAAACUUACUGAUCACAGGACAUUGAUUUUUCUCUCUUACUUAUUAAUCUAUAAUCAGCUGAAUGCAAACGAGACUUCUCAGAAGGUGUCUUCUGCCGUUUUGACUGUUCCUCUCUCAUCUCUGCUCAGUGAAAUUUUUCCCGUGAUGGUCAUUUUCCUUUCCACAUUCUACCAAUGUAAACUAACAUGGAUAGAUGAAAACUUUGCACAUUUCCAGUCAUAAUAGUGAUUGUGCUUCUCCCCCACCCUGUUUUUCCUUCGGAGUGAAUGAUCUAAAUACUCGUGGAUGGGUCAGAUGUUGAAGUUUUUUGAUAGAUCAACAUAAAAAGAAAUAUGAAGUUUUCUUCUACUAUCACAGAACUUUUGCCCAGAAAAUCAUUUGUCAAGAGACCUUUGUUUAGACAUGGUUUGGGAGACUGACACAGAACAUUUCUAAUAUGAAUAAGAUUAAAUCUAUUUUCAGUGAAAA